AAUAGUACAGAACGUUUCUAUUCUGUUUAAUGUGCUCUAUCCGCUCACUAGCGUUGGUCCGCGAGUUAUCGGACACCCUGUAUAUAUACAUAUAUGUAUGCAUGAUAGCACACAUUCUUAAUUGUCUGAGUUAUCGCUUAUCGCUACUUCAGCAUAUCAAGUUUUAAUAUAUAAGCAAUGUACAGACUUUGAAGGUUGCAGUAUCUAAAAUACAACACAUGCAGUAUCAUAUGUGUAUCACACAAAUCAUAAAUCGGAGUAAACGCAUUCUUUUUUCUAUUAUAAAUAAAAAUAGUUUUUAUUCUAUUAUGGAUAAACCAAUUGUAACUGUGAAACAAGGCAAACUACAAGGAAUCUUUGAAGAAAAUGUUCUCGGUUCUCGUUACAUCGCUUUUAAAGGCAUACCUUUUGCGGCUCCGCCAGUGGGCAAGCUAAGAUUUAAGGAUCCCGAGCCUCCCGCUGCUUGGGCAGGUGUCCGAGAUGCUUCCAGAAAUGCUGGCAGUGAAUGUAUACAAUUAACAUCAUUGCCAAAUCCAACGUUGAUCGGUAGCGAAGAUUGUCUUUACCUUAAUGUUUUUAUACCGGAAAAUAUAUAUGGAACAAAGCGGAAUCCAGUUAUGGUUUGGGUUCAUGGUGGAGGCUAUUUUGUUGGCAGUGGCAACGACACUGACAAGCGACCCGAUUAUCUUUUAGCAAAAGGCGUAAUUCUGGUGUCUAUAAAUUAUAGACUCGGUGCUCUCGGUUUCUUGAAUCUUGAUCAUGAGAUAGCAAGCGGAAACCAAGGUUUAAAAGAUCAGGCUGCUGCAUUGAAAUGGAUCAAAGAAAAUAUCGAAACUUUUGGCGGAGAUUCUAACAAUAUCACUGUUUUUGGUAUUAGUGCAGGUAGUUCAUCCACGCAUUUACUUAUGCUAUCGCCGCUAUCCAAAGGUCUUUUCCACAAAGCCAUUCUUCAGAGUGGUAUAGCUACAUGUAAUUGGGCGGUAUUGAAGAACAAACCGGAAGAUAAUGGUUUCAGACUCGCAUCAUUACUCGGUAACGAUUCUAAGGACCCUGAGAAAGUUGUUGAAUUUCUACAAACAGUACCCGCCAGCGAAAUCGUCGCGACGCAGUAUAAGAUUUUUGAUCUGGAACAACGCAUUAUUAAUAUCCCAUUUAGACCCACGAUCGAUGAAAAAGCAAAGACACCUUUUCUUCCACGUCCCAUUUCUCAGUUGCUUCAUGAUGACAAUGAUAUACCAAUUAUGCUUGGUUCUACUUCUUAUGAAUAUAUCAUGUUUCUUAAAGAUACCAGUGAAAACACUUUAAAAACGCAAUACGAAGAUUUACCACGUAAAAUACAAACACUUACGGACUCAGAAGACCCACAAAAAAUAAUGCAAUUGACGGAGCGAGCCAAACAAUGGUAUUUAAAUAAUAAGCCGUUCACUGAAGAGAAUAUCCCAUCUCUUUUACGACUUCUGAGUGAUAUUUACUUCGAUAUCGCUAUUAAAACUUUUACGGAUAAACGAAGAAAAAGGAAACAGGCGCCGGCUUAUCUGUAUAAAUUUUCAUAUAUCGGUAACGAGAUGACCACCACACGACUCAACGGAAAUAAAUUAGCUUUAUGUGGAGCUUCUCAUACCGACGAAUUGUCAUACCUUUUUUACAUACCUAAAUGUAAGGUCAAUGAUCCUAAACCGCCGGCGGUAAAUUCGAAGGAUCGGAAAAUAUUAGAAAUUCUUACGACUAUGUGGAGUAAUUUCGCAAAAACAGGCAAUCCUACACCUGCCUUUGAUCAGCAUAUAAAUACUAUUUGGCCACCAGCAACAGCGGAUGCCUUUAACUGCCUAGACAUCGGAGAUACUCUUCAAGUUUUAACCGUUACUGAUUACGAUUACAUACUGCGAGACUCGACGUUAUAAGAGUUGUACGAAUGAUAAUAUGUUAACUCAUAAAAUUUUAAUGGUUGUUGGUUUAUACACUGUCAGUGUUUAAAACAUUAUGUACCACAUAAAAUAAUGAAUACCUCUCUAUUUGUAGAGGCACUUAUCAAUAUAAUUUGCAUAUAGAUAUAUA